AUGGCCCCCGGUCUCGAUUAUUAUAGGAGCCCAGAACCUACACAAGCACCUGUAGUUCAGGUUGUCGCUGUAGAUCGCUCCUCGACCGAUACUUCUUCUACUGAUUCCGAACCUUCUGACCGUCGUCUCACUCCUUCCCCCGAACGCCCGCUCAAACCAGGUGUAUAUUAUAAUCCGCGUUUGGAUCCCAAGAACUUCAUCGACGGUCCCCUCUCAUAUGAUCCUGCAACUCGUCUCCGACAAAUGCUGGCUCGUCCCGGAAUUGUUGUUGCUCCGGGCAUCUGCGAUGGCAUUAGUGCUCGUUGUGCACUAGAAGCUGGCUUCGACUGCCUUUACCAGUCCGGUGCUGCAACCACUGCUUCUCGUCUCGGCAUGCCAGAUCUUGCCAUCGCAACUCUUAACGAUUUCGUUCAAUCCGCACAAAUGGUGUGCGGUCUCAGCCCCACGACACCUGUUAUCGCCGAUGCCGAUACUGGUUUCGGUGGUACGGCCAUGGUGGCUCGCACGGUGUAUCAGUACGCGCGUGCAGGUGUUGCUGCUAUGCACAUUGAAGACCAGGUACAGACGAAGCGCUGUGGUCAUCUAAUGGGGAAGCAAGUCGUUUCGCGGGAAGAGUUUGUUACCCGCAUCCGUGCAGCUGUCAUUGCUCGGGACUCCAUCCCAGGCGGCUCUAACUUUGUAAUCAUUGGCCGCACUGAUUCCGCACAAGUACUUGGCAUGGAUGAGGCAAUCACUCGACUGAAGCUUGCAGCGGAUGCCGGCGCAGAUGUUUGCUUUAUUGAGGGUGUCAAGACUUCUCAACUCCUCACCAAGACAAUCGAGGCCCUCAAGCCGAAGCCGGUACUCGUGAACGUCAUUUCGGGCGGUCUUACGCCAUCGUUUACGUGCAAAGAAGCAGAAGUACUUGGUGCAAAGAUUAUCAUUUUCUCUCUAGUUUCGUGCGUUGCCGCCGUCCACGGGAUUCGGGCGGCCAUGCAGUCCCUCAAGAAGACGGGCACGGACUUUACCUCUGCGCAGGGAAUGGAUCCAAAAGCGUUCUUUGAAGUCAUGGGUCUGAGCGAUGUUGUCGAACUCGAUGCUCGGGCGGGCGGAACGGCUUUUGAAGUCGUAUAG